GCCACGUAGGUACGGGGAGAAGAUCGGGAGGGCGUAGCCCAGCUUCCGUUUAUUGAUUGCUCCCCCGGAUGCCGAACUAUCUAUCCUUCCUUCUGCCACCGGAAAAUAAAUCUAUAUCUUCCUCCUUUUUUUCAUCUACAGAAAAAAAAAUCAGUUUUUUCAACGAUUUCUCUUCCCAUCUGUAUCUCUUUCUCCGCUACUCCUACCCGUUCUAAAUCAGCACAGGUACUUUCAAAGUCCAGACAUAGCUUCAGCUAGAACUACGACUAAUAUUCUGACUUAGCUCCCGAUCGAUUGCAAUAUACUCUUUAGAAUUUUUUUGGAGCCUGAGAAGACGAUGAUGAUGAUAUGGUGUCUCAAAAAAAGUUAAGUUUGUCCGAAGAUUGAGGCUUUGCUUUGUUGAGACACAGAGAGGGCAAAGCAGGGUCUGGUUUUUAUUGAGUGAGUUAUAUUUUUUUUGUGUUUUGGUUGCCUUCUACGCUUGUUCUUGCGCACCGUUCGUGGUGGAAGCUCUUUUGAGCGAGUAUUUUGGUUCCCGAAUAAGCGGAUAAAAAGGGAUUCGAUCAGGCUGAAUAGUAUGUCUGCAUCGUGCCAGAAGUGGAUCGAUGGCCUUCAGUUCUCCUCCUUGUUGUGGCCGCCACCUCAAGAUGAGCAGCAGAGACAGGUGCAAAUUAUGGCCUAUGUUGAAUAUUUUGCUCAAUUUACUUCUGAACAAUUCCCAGAAGACAUAGCUCAGCUAAUCCAGAGGCAUUAUCCAUUUCAUGAGAAGCGUCUUCUUGAUGAUGUGUUGGCAAUAUUCUUCCUCCAUCAUCCUGAGCAUGGGCAUGCUAUUGUGCAUCCAAUUCUAUCAUGUAUAAUUGAUGGGACCUUAGUGUAUGGAAAGAAUGAUUCGCCAUUUAAUUCGUUCAUAUCUUUAAUCAGCCAGACAAAUGAGAAAGAAUAUUCUGAACAGUGGGCUCUGGCCUGUGGUGAGAUUUUACGUGUUUUGACUCACUACAAUCGACCAAUUUACAAGUCUGAACCCCGCAAUGUUGAAGUAGAAAGAAGUAGCAGUGGAAACCAUGCUACUACAAGUGAAUCUAGUGAAGGGGAAUCCUGUAAUAGUCCUGAUCGGAAGACAAUGCGUCCUUUGACUCCAUGGAUUACUGAUAUACUGCUUUCUGCACCUCUGGGAAUAAGGAGUGAUUAUUUCCGAUGGUGUGGUGGAGUCAUGGGGAAGUAUGCUGCUGCUGGAGAACUAAAGCCCCCAACAACUGCUUGUAGUCGACAAUCUGGAAAGCAUCCUCAGCUUAUGCCAUCAACUCCAAGGUGGGCUGUCGCCAAUGGUGCUGGUGUCAUAUUAAGCGUUUGUGAUGAUGAAGUUGCUCGUUAUGAGACUGCAAAUUUAACAGCAGCUGCUGUACCUGCACUUCUCUUACCUCCUCCUACAACUCCUUUAGAUGAGCACCUAGUAGCAGGACUGCCAGCACUUGAGCCAUAUGCUCGUUUGUUUCAUCGGUACUAUUCCAUUGCUACUCCAAGUGCGACACAGAGGCUUCUUCUUGGACUUCUUGAAGCACCUCCAUCAUGGGCUCCAGAUGCACUUGAUGCAGCAGUUCAACUUGUAGAACUCCUAAGGGCGGCUGAGGAUUAUGCAUCUGGCAUGAGGCUUCCUCGAAACUGGAUGCAUUUACAUUUCUUGCGUGCAAUUGGCACCGCAAUGUCAAUGAGGUCAGGUAUUGCUGCAGAUGCUGCAGCUGCUUUGCUCUUUCGUAUACUUUCACAACCCAUGCUACUAUUUCCUCCGUUGAGGCAGACAGAAGGAGUUGAAGUCCAGCAUGGACCCUUGGCUGGUUACAUAUCUUCUUAUAAGAAACAGCUGGAAGUUCCUGCUGCUGAAGCCACUAUUGAGGCAACCGCACAAGGAAUCGCCUCAAUGCUAUGUGCUCAUGGCCCAGAUGUGGAAUGGAGGAUCUGUACCAUCUGGGAGGCUGCUUAUGGUUUGCUUCCCUUGAGUUCAUCAGCUGUUGAUUUACCAGAGAUAGUAGUGGCAGCACCAUUGCAACCUCCUACGCUAUCUUGGAGCUUGUACUUACCACUGCUAAAAGUGCUGGAGUACUUACCUCAAGGAAGUCCAUCUGAAGCAUGUCUUAUGAGAAUAUUUGUUGCUACUGUUGAAGCCAUACUUCGAAGAACGUUUCCACAAGUUACAUCUUUUGAGCAGUCAAAAAAGUCAAGUAAUAAUGGAGGCAUGUGGCCCAACACUAAGAGCUUGGCAGUGGCUGAGCUCCGCACAAUGGUUCAUUCUCUGUUCCUAGAAUCAUGUGCAUCUGAGGAUCUAGCCUCUCGCCUUUUGUUUGUAGUGCUAACUGUUUGCAUCAGCCAUGAAGCUUUGCCAAAUGGAAGCAAGAGGCCUACGGGAAGCAUUCAUCUUUCUUCAGUUGAGGUUGCUAAUGAACUGCAGAUACUUGAUUCUAAACAAUCUGGGAGGAGUAGAAGCAGGAGAAAACAUGGUCCUACUGCAACAUUUGAUUCGUAUGUUUUGGCCGCUAUAUGUGCAUUGUCUUGUGAACUUCAGUUGCUCCCUUUGAUCACAAAAAAUGGCUUUCAUCCAGAUUCUGAAGAUCCUGUUAGAUUGGCAAAGGCAGCAAAAACCAAUGGUUUUUCUCAAAAGGUACAUGACGGUAUGAGUUCAGCAGCUCAGCACACUUGCAGAUUUCUUAAAAUUUUAGAAGCUCUUUUCUCACUGAAACCAUCAUCGGUUGGAACUUCAUGGAGUUAUAGUUCCAAUGAGAUUGUGGCUGCAGCUAUGGUUGCUGCCCAUGUUUCUGAAUUAUUUGGAAGAUCGAAGGCCUGCAUGAAUUCCCUUUCUGUUUUGAUGCGAUGCAAAUGGGAUAGUGAGAUUGGUGCAAGAGCUUCUUCCCUUUAUCAUCUAAUUGACUUGCAUGGUAAAACAGUUGCUUCUAUAGUUGACAAGGCAGAACCACUUGAAGCGAACUUGAUACUUGUACCACGAAGGAAGGACAGCUCAUUGUGUUCAACUGGUGUGCUGCCAUUGAGUUCUUCAAGUAGUAGCAGCUUAAAGACAGAGGAUAAUGCUUCCAUUCAAUCUAAGAACUCUUCAAUGGCUCCCAUAAAAUGUGAGAAGGCAAAGUUGAUAAAUUAUAUGGCUGUGGAUACGUCAGAGAAAAGCAUGGAACGUUUUUCUGAUGAUGCGUCUGAUCUUGCAAAUUUUCUUACUAUGGAUUGGAAUGGGCGAUUCAACCGCACUUCACAGGCUCUUCUAAGAUCAGUUCUUGCUGAGAAACAAGAGUUGUGUUUCUCUGUUGUUUCUUUGUUAUGGCACAAGCUAAUUGCUGCUCCUGAGACAAAAAUGAGUGCAGAAAGUACAUCCGCUCAGCAAGGGUGGAGACAGGUUGUAGAUGCCCUCUGUGAUGUUGUGUCAGCUUCUCCUACAAAAGCAUCAACUGCCAUCGUUCUUCAGGCAGAACGGGAUUUGCAGCCCUGGAUUGCAAGAGAUGAUGAGCAAGGCCAAAAAAUGUGGAGGAUCAACCAGCGAAUCGUGAAGUUAAUUGUCGAACUCAUGAGAAGUCAGGAAAGCCCAGAAACACUAAUUAUCCUUGCAAGUGCCUCGGAUCUUCUCCUUCGUGCAACUGAUGGGAUGCUUGUAGAUGGUGAAGCCUGCACUCUACCACAGCUAGAGCUCCUGGAAAUGACAGCUAGAGCAGUCCACCUAGUAUCAAAUUGGGGAGAAACAGGCUUAGCCGUAGCUGAUGGCCUUGCUAAUCUUCUCAAAUGUCGAUUGCCAGCCACUGUCCGCUGUCUCUCUCAUCCUAGUGCUCUUGUGCGAGCUCUCAGCAUAUCAGUUCUUCGAGAUAUUAUGAAUACCGGCCCCAUCAAUUCCUCUAAAUAUACAAAUGAGAGGUUACAUUUGUAUGAUCCCUCUUACCGAAGUCUGGGAUUGGGCAUCACAAACUGGCAUGCGGACAUUGAGAAAUGUAUUAAAUGGGAAGCUCGAAGCAGGCGAGCAACUGGCAUGGCUCUCGCCUUGCUCGGCUCAGCUUCGAAGGAGUUGGGCUGCCCUCUUCCCAGUUAGCAUUUCUUACAGGCCAUGAUGCUGCUGCUGCAAUUAAUCCAGGCCGCGGCAAUUGACAUACGUUCACCGUGUUCUUUUUUUAAACCAUAUGUAACGUUAUAAUGUCAUUAUGUGCUAUUUAAUGUUGUAAUGUGCGUUAUUUAGUUUUGGCUGUGUAGAUAUGAACAACCAACAUGACAUUGGUUUACAUCAAAUGGCCACUUGCAAUGUUAAUUGAAAUCAUUAAGGUAUCCUAUCUCACAAUAAGGACUGAAUUAUUGGAUCU